GCCAAAUAAAGUUUACUGACCCCAGACAAAGGAGAAGAAGAAUAGGUGGUGCAGCAGCCACGAAAAGGGGGUGGGAAAGGUGAAAGCGAAGGAGGUCGCAUAUCGAUUAAACACGCGGAAAGAGGAGGUGGGUGGGUGUGCUGGCAACACGUUUGAUUACCCCGUGUAAAUAACAACAACACGAACACUGCAAAAGUUGCAAGGACUCGUUCGUUGGACGUUGUGCAACGAUCACAUGUUACAGAAGCCCCAUGGAAAAUCCAAAAGUCGAUGAACAAAAGCCACCGGCUCCAAAAGCCCAGGCACCGGAGAAACCCAUUCGUAAGCGGACUCAAGUUAAGAUUCAAACCAAAACCAGGACUCCAAAGCCAACACCUACCGCCAUACUGUGUGAAUUAACUCGCCUGAAGGCCCAGCAAAAAUAUCUUGAAUGCCAUCAGGUCAAGCUAAACCCCAAUAAUUUUAUACUCCAUGACGAUGAGGAUACAAUGGAUACUGAUCAAAAGUCAGAGGGUGAAAGAACUGCUUCGGAAAACCCAGAAACAAGCCGAAAUCCGCGACUGAACAGUUCCUCCACUGCAGAAUUAAUUAGCCUGAUCAACGAAAUCGAGCGGGAGAAACUGGAAAUAAAUGAGAAGUUACUGCAAUAUCGCACUGCCAAGCGUGGAGAACUUCAGGACAUGUGGCAUUUUGUGGCCACCAUAAAAGAGGACGUCUUCCGGCCAGAACGUCUCAGUCAGUACACAGUAAAUGCUCUAAGAGAAAAAAUCAUUGGCGUGAAUACCCAACUCUAUCGUUUAUCUGCCCAGAACUCUAAAGAACUCGAGGAGUUGAAGGAGGAGUAUGAGAAAUUGGAGCGCGAGAAUAAACUUUUAUGGAAAGGUAGCAUGUAGCUUUAAAGACUAGAUCAAUAGAACAUAUUGCUAUUUGCAGAAAUACUUGUUAAUUACAAUUUAAAGAUAAGAAUAAGUACCAAUUAGCCGCAAAGUUGCGAGCUUAUAUUGAAAAUA